CUAAUCACUGAAAGCGAGGCUCGAAGCAGGUGCUAGACGUGGAGAAGACGAGACAUAUUUACUACUAAAAUGACUUAUUUGACCAGUUGGGACGAAUUUUCAAAAGCCGCAGAAAGACUGUACAUCUCUGAUCCAAAUAAGUGCCGUUUUGUGGUGAAGUACAGACAUUGUGAUGGGAAAUUAAACAUAAAAAUUACAGAUGAUCAAGUGUGUCUCCAGUACAGGACAGAGCAUUCCCAAGAUGUGAAGAAACUAGAAAAACUGACAAAUCAGCUUAUGAGACACAUGGCAUCUAAAGAAACAAAGUGAUGAACUUAAAGUGUCCAUUGGAAGUGGACUUAACUGAGAGCCAGGUGUUUGUUUGCCUGUUUUUGACUCAACAACCAUUGAUAAAUGUAAGGUUGUGCACCACAACUGAGGGGAAAAGUGCAAUGUCUCUGUGCUUGAUGUAAGCAGCCAAUAAUAAUAA